AUGUUCGGUGGCUCCACGAGCCCACCCAAAGAGAAAACCGAUCUAAUAUCCCCAAUUGGGACAAGCCCGACGUCACCAAACAUCAACCCUGACGAAGCCGGGUUUGGGCGUGACAAGCGUUCCUCGCCGUCUGGAACAUCUGGCAAGAAACAGCACGAGGACCAAAACGACAAAAAGCGCCGCAGUAGCUCGGUGAACAAGGCGGCAUCAUUUUUCUCUAGCGCGAAGAAUUCAUUACAUCUAUCAAGUCGAGAUUCGUCAAUAAUAUCUACUCAUAUUGCGCAGACACCAUUUCAGAAACUCGGGAAGAUGGAUCCCGCCCUGACUGUGCCUCAGGGCUCCUUGAACAAUUCGGCUGGAGAAUCGGUUCCAACAUCGCGGUCAUCGUUCCGUGUUGGUGUCACAGAAGAUCGAAAUCGUAAGUGCAGGAGAACAAUGGAAGAUACACAUGCCUAUCUAUACAAUUUCCUGGGGACGCCGGCGCCCGUUACUGGAAACACUACGGUCAAUGGAAAUGAGGGCCGUGAUUCAACGGAACCUGCAUCCGAGUCCGAUGAAGAUACUCAUGUAGUGGAAACCGACAAUGGUUACUUUGCUAUUUUUGAUGGCCACGCAGGGACUUUUGCUGCAGAAUGGUGUGGGAAAAAAUUACAUCUCAUACUCGAAGAAGUUAUGCGACGGAAUCCAAACGCCCCGGUCCCCGAGCUUCUAGACCAGGCUUUUACUAGUGUUGAUCAACAAUUGGAGAAGUUACCUCUGAAAAAUAGUGGUUGCACCGCUGUAGCGGCUGUGUUGCGGUGGGAAGAUCGUAUUCCCAGCUCGCAUUCUGCCACGGGCUCCGCGCCUCUCGCGCCAGCCGCUGCAUCCGCCAAUGCCACAGAAUUAGAAUCAGACACAGUUCCCGACCCAACUCACAAACCAGCGCAAGCGAAGCAGUCGUCAUCCGCGGAUUCCAUUUUGGUCAAGUCUCAAGAAAGUGUGUCCCGCCAGCGGGUCUUAUACACGGCAAAUGUAGGCGACGCCCGAAUUGUUCUAUGUCGGAAUGGGAAAGCCCUUCGCCUUUCGUAUGAUCACAAAGGUAGUGAUGAGAAUGAGGGAAAGCGUAUUGCCAAUGCUGGAGGACUCAUUCUCAACAACAGGGUCAAUGGCGUGCUCGCCGUUACGAGGGCUCUCGGUGAUACAUACUUAAAGGAUCUUGUCACGGGCCACCCAUACACUACAGAGACUGUAGUACAGCCUGAUCAAGACGAGUUCCUUAUUCUAGCGUGCGAUGGAUUAUGGGAUGUGUGCACCGAUCAAGAAGCGGUUGACUUAAUACGCAACGUCAAGGAUGCUCAAGAGUGCUCAAAAAUGCUCGUUGACCAUGCCUUAUCACGAUUUAGUACCGAUAACCUGACGUGUAUGGUGGUUCGAUUUGACGCGAAUAUAAUCCGAGAUGUCGUUGAGCGACGUUCAGAACCGAUUGGAGUCGAAGGAGAUCCUUUGUCUCAGGUUAAGGGUGGGAUAAGUGAAGCUGAUAAGAUAGUUGAAGGCGCCAAAAGAAGACUCGAAAAUGCGGAUUCUGCUUCAGUUGAUGCUGGGUCUGACACGAAACAUGGAGAAGACAUACACAAAUCAACGAGCCGGGACAUUAGCACUCCACCGAAACUCGAAGAAGUGACCAAUCCCUAGAGCGGGAAGCCAUCAAAGUGAUGAUGGAUUCGAUAAUGUCGAGAUUCACGUAUAGAUACGACCGACAACGCAGUUGGAAUAUUUUCUCUGCAGGCAGCACGUCCGUCGUCUACUUCGUUUAUGCGAUCUUCUAACUUGGAGCAAGUUCUGCUGCUGCUUGAUUUGCAACAUCACCCAAUUGAUAUCUGUAUGGUUAGACUUUCGGUGUUAUGAGUGUUGACUGCAUUCCAGGCCUCUUCUGUUUCAUUCUACUAUUUUCAACUUUACGCGCUGGCAUGUAUGUACUUUAAAAUGAUUCUUUAUGCUGUAUAGAGGUCUUGAGCCAAGCAGCGCAAUAUUUAACAAAUUGAAUGACCAAGACUGAGAAAGUACAGGUGGGCAAUUUCCAAGUAAAUAGUAAUGACAUUUGAAAGAGAAGCGUAGUAUACAUUUGUAAUAAGUACUAAUAACUGUAACACGAUCCCAGGACCUCAUGGAAAGGAGGACGACCUCGUAAGAAUACAAAGCAGCCAUUCUAGAGCUUCAAUGGUGCCGCUUCAGCGAAAGCGUCGUGGGCAAGGAUAUCGUCAGCAUCUUCCUCACUCACGAUCCGUUUCUGGCCAGGCAUGACAUGGUCCGGAGUUCGCUCCAAGUGACCGUGAUGAACACGUUCGGGCCAUGAAGUAGCAUAAUGAGCGUCGUGAAUAUCGUUCCAGAGAAUCUUCACCUGCUCCGGUUCCACGGCAUAUUCACUAUUGCUAGGGGGUUCAUCGAACUCAUCUUCAAUUUCGAGCGGGGCCUGAGACUGAAGUUGACUCUCAAAUCCUUCGACCCGUUGCGCUGCUUCGAAUGCAGUCUUUCGCUCCGCUUUUCUGGUCAGUCGGAUACGCUGCAGAGCCCUGCGUCCGAGUUCCUUGCGAUGCUCCGAACCAAAGCCAUUCUUCAACUCCUCCUCCUGAAUAGCAAGAACAGCUGCAAUGUCAGCGACACUAGUCGCUUUCUGAUCCAUCAGAAUACGGGCCCUUUCCUUCUUUGGCAGAAUUUUUCCCACGAGUUUCUCGUGCUCUUCGUCGAAUUUUUUAGCUUCUAAUUGAUCUCGUGGUCUCUUCUGUUCAAGCCAUUUUUCGCCCAUGGUGAUCAUCUCUUUGGGAGGGGCGAGCUGUCUCUGCAAUGAGAAUUCGCGGAGGAGGUGAUAUGCUCGUAAUCCGACUUUGGCGUUGUCGAAGUGCACGGAAUAGUAUGGCACCCACAUGUCUUUUCGUAGGCUGGCUGGAACUGUUUUCUUGCCGUGGUAUACCAUUUGCGACAGAACACUCUU